AAUGAAUAAAAAUGAAAAUAACAAUAAAAUUAAUAAACCAUAUAAAGAACAGGAUAUACUAGUUAUAAAUGUUCCAAAAGAUGGAGACGUUGAAACGAUAAAGUUAGCUAUUGGAAAGGCCAAUGAAAUAUACAAAGGCUUAGUUAAAAGUUCUUCUAAUUCUAAAUUGACAAAGAUUGUAGUAAAUGUUGAAGACGAAAAGAGUUCGACAAAAGUUGACUGUACGGAUAGAAAGUUGGAAACAACUGACUUUAGAGAUUCUUUAAGGAAUAGCUGCACUACUUUGGGUCCAGAUGUAUCAAAAGAUAAGAAAUCGGAGGAAUUAUUUGGGGUAAAAGAAGGAGAAAAUGAUGAAAAGUCUAUUAACAGUAUGCACUCUUCAGAAGAUCCCCUAAACUCUUCUAUACCUAUACAUUGUUGUUUGAUUAGUCAUAAUUUAACUAGUAACGAUAGCGAUGGCAUAAAAAGUUCAUCUAGUGAUGAUUGUAUUGCUAGAAAUGAAACAUUUGCUAAUGCUACAAUAGAUGAUCCUUUCAUUCAUUAUUUACAAUGUUAUACUGGGGAUAAAAUAUCUUCAAAAUCCUGCUCAAGUCUACCCAACAAGUUUAUGGGUAAGAUAGUAGAUAAACAGGAUUUAACACCUUCCCAACUUUCAAUUUUAUACAAGAUGAAACCUAAAAGGAAGCAUUCUGAUCAUUCUUUAAGUACCGAGAUAGAAUUUAUCGAGUACUCUUUUGAAUAUACACCUGUAGAGUCAAUGACACUAAAAUCAAACUCUAAAGACACUCUAUACAAUUAUAAUAACAAAACGUCUAUUGUUGAGUUCGUCAAUUCUAAAUCUUCGUCAAAAAUGACCGUCAACAAAACCACAGAUGAUAAAAUAGCCUCCCUCGUUCAAUCAUCUAAAUCUGAUAUAAAAUCAUCUUCGAAGCUUUUAGUUAAUGAUAAAUCUGAUCCAUUAGUUUUAAACACUCAUAUUGCUGUUCAAGAAAGUCAACCAUCGUCAAAAGAAAACUUGACAAUCACUAAUUACAUUUUUAAUGAGGUUGUAAGAGAGGCGAAAUAUUGCGUUGAAACUCCCAAGGAUGAAGAAAGUUCUCCUCCAAUUUUUGGCGAAAGGACAAUAAAACAACCAGAAUUGAAAGAUGAAGAUACACUAUCAAAUAUAUUUGAUAACUCUCAAAGAAUACCAAAUAUGCAAAUGAAUAAUCAUCACGUUUCAUUUAAUAAUUGUCUUCAAGCGACAAGCGAUACAGCUUUAAUUAAUAAAACGAACAAGAAUUUGAUUAGUUCUACGAGUUUAUCAAUUUCAAAGAUUAUAACAGAGAAUACAACUCCUACAAGUUCAGAUAUAAAAGUCAAUAAAAUAAUGGAAUUGGAAUUACGUAGUUAUGAGCAUUGGGUUCAAGAAGUCUUUCCGAAUUUAUCAUCUAUUGUUGGAGAUUUGCAUAAAGUUCAGCCAGAAUAUUGUAAAAAUUGGAAUAAUUGCCGUAUUAUUAUAAGGCAAUUGUUAUUCAAUAUCGCAUUUAUAUUUGCCGCAAACGAAGAGAUAAGUUUUCUUUUAGAUUUUGAAUUUUCUGCUAGGAAAGAUGAGACAACACCUCUUAGACGAGCAAUAUAUGGUCAAAUGAAAUCGAUAUUUCAUUCGAUAAAGAAGAGAAUAGCUGAAUUAGAAUUGGAGUUAUCUUCCGAUUUGAAAAGCACCAUCUUUUCCGUUAGAAGACCCGACUGCGUAAAUAAGAUGAAAAAAUGCUGCUAUUAUUUAAUAAAGUACGCACUAUUGAAAAAUCACCCUAGAGGUUAUGAAUUUAUGGUAAUAUUUGCAUCAAUAAACUUUUCACUUCUAUCAAAGUUACAAGAAACCGAUAGGAAAUAUCAACUACGUUUUAAUUUAAUUAAACUAUUUAGUGGACGUCAAUUUGAUGAAAAAGAUUUGGAUGUAGACUAUUCAGCAGCAUUUUCAGAUUGCCUUGAAGUAAAUGACUCGGAGUAUUUGUCAUUUUUAAAACGGAUACUGUACAAGGGUAGUAGCACAAAUAAUCGUGCGGCUGGUAGUUCUAAAGGUGACUCACCAACAGCCGAUUUAACUAUUGAAACUGAAACACAAUAUAAAUCAAGUAUUUACCUAUUUUUCUUUCAAUUACCUUCUGUUAUUGAAGGGUUAUUAUUCUAAGUAUUAUUCUACUUUUUCUCUAUCUUAGCAACAGAAAAUCAGGAUAAACAGGAUUCGGAAUUGGAAAGAAUACAAAAUUUUCAAACUCCAAAUGCUAAAGUUGAUUUUCUAUUAAGUAUGAAGCCUAGUAAACGUUCGAAAGACGUUAUCGACGACGCAGUUAACUUUUAUAAAGCGUGGGAACCAACAGAAUCUUCUCAAAGAAUUGUUAAACUACCAAUUAAAAGUCGUAAAUCAAAAAUUCCUGUACUUUUGUCCAAAUUAUCUAAAAUUAGAGACAAGAAAAUAUAUAACAGCACAAUUAAAAAUGAAUAUUCAUUAGAUUGUAAUCGAUCAAUUACAACAAAUCCAACGAAUUCACCAAUAAAACUAGAAAGAUCAGAUCAAAUAACACCACCCGAAACGGAGAGCUUAAAUUACGGAAAUAUUUUAAAUAAUAGUAUUAAUAGUAAAUCUGAUAAUUUAACAAAUUCCAAGACUAGAGAUGAGAAAUUAAACGAAAAAAUAGAAGAGUUUAUGAAUUUUAAAGUCCAAAAAAAGAUGAACUAAUCUAAGAGAAUCAAAACUUAAAAAAUCUUUGUUACUAUCCAUGAAUAUUUUCAUUUUUAAUCAUUUUAUCAAUAGUUAUAUUAUGGAAUAAAAAUUUUUUAUAAUAACG